CCGACCCCGAGCCCGGCGGCCCCCGCCCCUCCCCCCCGCCACCCUGCACUGCCCCGGCUCCCCCGCGGCCCCCACACUGCAGUGCGGCCGGGCCCCCUCCCCCCAGGGGCCGCCCCCGCCGCCGCCCCGCCCUGGUGCCCGGGGCGGCCCGGCCCGCAGGGCCAUGAAGCUGCAGGCCGUGAUGGAGACGCUCCUGCAGCGGCAGCAGCGGGCACGCCAGGAGCUGGAGGCCCGGCAGCCACCGCCACCACCCCCCGAGCCCUCGGCCGGCCCCCCGGCCCGUGCCAGGGCCGCCCCGGACGAGGACAGGGAGCCCGAGAGCGCCCGGAUGCAGCGGGCGCAGAUGGCCGCGCUGGCCGCCAUGCGAGCCGCCGCCGCCGGCCUCGGCCACGCGCCCAGCCCCGGCAGCUCCGAGGAUGGGCCCCCCGGCUCAGAGGAUGAGGAUGUGGCCCCAGAGGGGGCACCAGGCUCUCCCCCCGCACCCGGCCGAGGCAGGGAGGCGGCCGGCCUCCCCGAAGGUGACGGCCACUUCGAGGGCUCCGACGAUGACCUGAAGCCGAAAUGGGAGGAGGAGGAGGAGGAGGAGGAGGAGGAGGAGCUGGAGGAAGAUCUGGGGGAAGAGGAGGAAGACGAGGAGGACGAGGAUUACGAGGACGAGGAGGGGCUCGGGCCCCCGGGCUCCGCAGGCCUGGGUCCAGCAGCCCUGUUCCCCCGCAAGGCCCAGCCGCUCCAGGCCUUCCGCGGCGACGGCGGGCCCCGGGCUCUGGGCGGCCAGGAGCGCCCGGGGGCUGGCCCGGCCCUCCCCGGAGGGGCUGCCCACGCGGUGCCCCAGCUGCAGCCGCCGGACCACGGGGACUGGACGUACGAGGAGCAGUUCAAGCAGCUCUACGAACUGGACGGGGACCCCAAGAGGAAGGAGUUCCUGGAUGACUUGUUCAGCUUCAUGCAGAAGCGAGGGACGCCCGUGAACCGCAUCCCCAUCAUGGCCAAGCAGGUGCUCGACCUGUUCAUGCUGUACGUGCUGGUAACGGAGAAGGGCGGCCUGGUGGAGGUCAUCAACAAGAAGCUGUGGCGGGAGAUCACCAAGGGCCUCAACCUGCCCACGUCCAUCACCAGCGCCGCCUUCACGCUGCGCACCCAGUACAUGAAGUACCUGUACCCCUACGAGUGUGAGAAGCGUGGCCUCAGCAACCCCAAUGAACUCCAGGCGGCCAUCGACAGCAACCGGAGGGAGGGCCGGCGCCAGAGCUUUGGGGGCUCCCUCUUCGCCUACUCACCGGGCGGGGCCCACAGCAUGCUCUCCUCGCCCAAGCUCCCUGUGUCCUCCCUGGGCCUGGCCGCCAGCACCAACGGCAGCUCCAUCACCCCAGCCCCCAAGAUCAAGAAAGAGGAGGACUCGGCCAUCCCCAUCACGGUCCCCGGCCGCCUGCCAGUCUCCCUGGCAGGUCACCCUGUGGUGGCAGCCCAGGCAGUAGCGGCCCAGGCGGCCGUGGCAGCACAGGCAGCCGCCCUGGAGCAGCUCCGGGAGAAGCUGGAGUCUGGGGAGCCUCCUGAGAAGAAGAUGGCCCUGGUGGCAGAGGAACAGCAGCGACUCAUGCAGCGAGCGCUACAGCAGAACUUUCUGGCCAUGACGGCCCAGCUGCCUAUGAGCAUCCGGAUCAACAGCCAAGGCUCCGAGAGCCGCCAGGACUCGGCUGCGAACCUGACCAACACCAAUAGCAGCAACAGUAUUAGCAUGUCAGUAGAGAUUAAUGGAAUCAUGUACACAGGAGUGCUGUUCGCCCAGCCGCCGGCCCCCACGCCACCCUCAGCUCCCAGCAAAGGCGGAGGUGGCAGCAGCCGGGGAGCAAACAGCGGGACCAGCAGCAGCGCAGGCAGCCAGGCGGGGCCGGCAGGGUUGUCUGCACCCCCCGCAUCUUCUACCUCAAAUAACUCAUUGCCUUAACCGCUACACUCCUCACCCUGGGAGCCCACCAGACGGAUCAGGGGGUCCAGGUGGGCCAAGCAGGGGCCGGGAUGGCGGGAGAUACGGGUGGGGAGGGGAGGUAUCCACAAAGGAGCGACAGCUGACGCCAAAAAGAAAAGAAAAUAUAUAUAUACAUAUAUAUAUAUAUAUAUAUAUAUAUCUAAAGAAAAUUUAAUAAAACAGGGGAAAACCAAGGAACACUUGAAUUACUCAGGUUUCGGACAUUCAGAGAGAUGAAUUGUGAGAGCAGCAAAGGAAAUUAGAAACAAGAGAGGCAAAUGUCUCCUAGGGCUUUCCUGCAGCCCUGGUGGACCCACGUGGACUGGUGUCUAGUUUGGACAGGCCAAUCCUGUUUACCUCAUACAUCCCUGCACUGUGUUUUUUCAUUUUUAUCUGUUUUUUUCCCUUUUUUUUUUUUCCCUCUUCAUCACACACUCACCACACCCAGCUCCUUGCGUUGAAUGAAACCCCUGAGCCAAGAUCAGUUGAAUUUUUUUUCUUGUUGCUUUCGGGAACUUUUUUUUUUUUUUUAAAGAAAUAGUGAACUUCAAAGUCUGUAGGGUUUUUAAGAGGUUUCGGGGGUUUUGUUUUGUAAAUAUUCUAUUUUAUUCUUGGGGGAGGAAUCAAACCUAGGAAAAGGAUAUAUAUAUCUAUAUAUUUGUGUUCAUUCAGGGAAACUGGACUUGAAAAAG